AUGCCCAAUAUCACUGUAGUAACUGGAUUCAUCCUUAUGGGUCUCUCUGAUAUCCAUGAAGUACAGACUCUAUGUGGAGUCUUCUUUCUGUUAAUAUACGCGAUGAUCCUAAUGAGUAACUUCCUCAUCAUCACUCUCAUCACCCUGGAUCAGAAGCUCCAAUCACCAAUGUACUUCUUCUUGAAAAACUUGUCCCUAUUGGAUGUCUGUCUAGUGUCUGUCCCAAUCCCAAAUUUCUUUGUCAGUAGCUUAACUCACAACAAUUCUAUUUCUAUUGUUGGAUGUGCAUGUCAGUUAUUUUUCAUGGCCUCUUUUGGAGCAGAGGAAGUAUUUAUCCUGACAGUCAUGUCCUAUGACCGCUAUGUUGCUGUGUGUCAUCCCCUGCAUUAUGAGACCAUCAUGUGUAAUGUCACAUGUGUCCUGAUGAUGGGUGUAUCUUGGAUCAUUGCAUUGCUCUUUGCAGUCAGCUACACAAUUGUCAUAUUUUCCAUGCCUUUCUGUGGUUCUAAUGUAAUUCCAGAGAUUUUCUGCGAUGUUCCCUCAUUGGUAAGGAUCUCCUGCUCUGAUUUAUUUGUUGCCAUUUACAUAAGUCUUGGGAUUGCUUUGUGUCUAGCUAUCGCUUGUAUUUUCUGUGUAGUGAUCUCUUACUCUUAUAUUUUCUCCACUGUACUGAAGAUUCCUGCUACUCAAGGGCAGUCCAAAGUGUUUUCUACCUGUGUCCCCCACCUCAUUGUAUUCACUGUUUUCAUGGCUGCUGCUUGCUUUGUCUAUCUGAAGCCACCCUCAAAUACCACAUCAGUUACAGGCAGGUUGUUUUCUGUGCUGUAUCCUGUGCUAUCUCCAGCAAUUAAUCCAGUGAUCUACACCCUGAGAAACACUGAGGUUCAUAGUGCUCUGAAAAGGCUACUUCAAAAUUUCUUCUCAAGGGACUUAUUACACUUAACAUGUCAAGUGAUUCGAGAGUGA